AAGAAAUGCUAAAAGAUUAUUUGUUGGAGUUAUUAUUUUAUUUAGGUUAAAAAAGAAGAAAGAUUUUCUCAGGUUUUUAUUUGUUCUUUAAACUUUCAUCGUCUCCGAUUUUCUCUCACCUUACCAUAAUUCUCCCAGCUUCAACCUAACGCCAAGAGCCGCCUUGGGAUUGAUAAUAAUCAAUCGAAGCAAUCGAAAUCGAUCAGAACAUUGCAGACCGCAGCCUUUCUCAGACCAAACUAGGAAAUGGUUAAAAGGCAUGGAGAGAUUUGAUUUGGUUAAGAAGAAGAUAUCAUGGCGCAGUGCAUAGACGGUUUCAAGCAUUUGUGCACCUCUGUUUUAGGGUGUUUUGAUCUUGAUUUGUAUAAACAACCUGGUGGCCUCGGAGACCCUGAGUUGCUUGCAAGAGACACUGUUUUUAGUGUGAGUGAAAUAGAAGCUCUUUAUGAGCUGUUUAAGAAAAUCAGCAGUGCCGUCAUUGACGAUGGACUAAUCAACAAGGAAGAGUUUCAGUUGGCUUUGUUUAAGACAAAUAAAAAAGAGAGCUUGUUUGCUGAUCGGGUUUUUGAUUUGUUUGAUACAAAACACAAUGGAAUACUUGGUUUUGAAGAGUUCGCUCGUGCUCUCUCCGUUUUUCACCCAAAUGCGCCUAUAGAUGACAAAAUCCACUUUUCAUUUCAGCUAUAUGAUCUUAAACAGCAAGGGUUCAUUGAACGGCAAGAGGUGAAACAAAUGGUUGUCGCCACGCUUGCUGAAUCUGGAAUGAACUUGAAGGAUACUGUCAUUGAAGAUAUAAUCGACAAGACGUUUGAGGAAGCAGACACAAAACAUGAUGGAAAGAUUGAUAAGGAAGAGUGGAGAAGCCUUGUUCUUAGACAUCCUAGCCUUCUCAAGAACAUGACUCUUCAGUAUCUCAAGGAUAUCACGACUACGUUUCCAAGUUUUGUGUUCCAUUCACAGGUUGAAGAUACCUGAAGAUUAAAAAAAAAAGGCAAGCAGCAAGACUUGAUGGUUUGUUUUGUUCAUUUGUUUCAUUGAGCUUUUUUUGUGAAGCAAUAUACAUAAUUCAUUUUAUUUCUCUCAACUCCUAUGUUUUUAUUGAGUUUUUUUUUCUUGUGAAGCAAACUUCAUAUUGAUUUCGCAUCUUUGGUCAGGCCUAUUUUGUAGAUAUAACGUUUGCUUCUUGAUAUGAUAUAUAAAGUUUUAAUUUCUAUUGA